CAGGUAGCUUCUUACAAAUAAAAUCUCUCUCUCUCUCUAGAUAGGCAGCUUCUUACAAAUAAAAUCUCUCUCUCUCUCUAGAUAGGCAGCUUCUUACAAAUAAAAUCUCUCUCUUGCCUAGACCUGUUCUCACAGCAUUGUUGUGCACCAUGAAGGCCCACUCCCUCCCAUUUCCCACCUAAAACCCAAGAAAUUCCCCAUCAAGCUCCUCCUUUUCUCUCUCCUCCCAUUAUGCACAGAUCUGGAGUUCUAAUGGCCUGGAACGUCUUCAAGUUCUGCACAGCCCUAAGGGGAUUGGGCUCCGUAAUGAUCCUCCUGGUUCUAGGCGUGGUGGGAGUCACAUAUUACGCAGUUGUUAUUACCAAUUAUGGCCCUUCCCUUCAAAAUGGAGGCCUUGACGUUGUUAUAGCUCUUGCAGUUUUGAUCCUCUUUCACGGCCUUUUGGCGAUGCUACUAUGGAGUUAUUUCUCUGUAGUUUUUACUGAUCCUGGAGGUGUUCCUCCAAACUGGCGGCCUGUGAUAGAUGAGGAGAGGGGAGAAAAUGUUCCAUUGGCAAGUUCUGAAUUCAGUGGGCAAACUAUGCUACAAUCAUCAGUACUUGUUGACUCUUCAAAUUCAAGAAUCCGCUACUGCCGAAAGUGCAACCAAAUGAAACCACCUCGUUGCCACCACUGUUCUGUUUGUGGAAGGUGCAUUCUGAAAAUGGAUCAUCACUGUGUCUGGGUUGUAAACUGCGUCGGUGCUUUAAACUAUAAAUAUUUUCUUCUUUUCCUGUUCUAUACAUUUCUUGAGACAACUCUUGUCUCAAUAUCAUUAUUGCCAAAUUUCAUUGCAUUCUUUAGUGAUAAUGAAAUUCCCGGAACAGCAGGAACUCUUGCCACGACGUUUCUUGCAUUUGUGUUGAACCUGGCAUUUGCAUUGAGUGUUCUCGGGUUCCUAAUCAUGCAUAUUUCUUUAGUUUCUGGUAAUACUACAACAAUUGAGGCAUAUGAGAAGAAGACCUCUCCUAAGUGGCGCUAUGACCUUGGUGGAAGAAAGAACUUUGAACAGGUAUUCGGCACUGAUAAGGCAUAUUGGUUCAUUCCAACAUACUCUGAAGAAGAUCUGAGAAGAAUGCCAGCUCUCCAGGGUCUUGAAUACCCUUGCAAGCCUGAUUUGGAUGCUCAAUAGCUCUUUGACAAUAUUUUCUCUUGGGUUGAAUUCUGGUUCCUCUGGUCCAUUAGACCAGGUUUGAUGACUUAUGGCUUUUCUUGAUGCUGGACCAUCGCUGCCUGAUCACAAGAUCUUCACAUUUGUAUACACACUGAGUCUAUGACCGCACCAUGACAUUUGAUCCUCUUUCCAGUUCAGUGCCAUGUUGUUUCAGUGGAAGGAAGGAUGAGGCUGAAGCUGCUGAAUUCGGUGCAAAUGUGAUUUAGAGGGAUGGUUACACUGUUUAGUCAGAGAGGGAGACAGACACAGAAUUGAGAGGGAGCAACGAGUUGGUUGUAGGCUGUGCUCCUGAUCUGUUCAUCUUUCUAGGCAUGUAUAUGUGUGGGAAUUGUGACAUUGCAAUAAUGUCGUAUGUAGAAUAUGAGGUGAUUACAAUGCUCAUAAUGAUCUCUUUCCUGA